CGCAGGGAAAUCUGGUCCUAGGGAAGCAGAACCAUGUCUGGGAGUUGCAUAAGCUUUGCUGUCUACCUCUUCUUCUUCAUCAACUUGAUUCUUCGCACAUUGGCUUCUGUUGUCUCUGUUGGUGACUUUAAUAAGGACUUCUACAUCACAUGGGCUCCUGAUCAUUUGAAUACCUCUACUGAUGGACGCGAAAGAAGCUUAAGACUCGACCAGCAAUCUGGCUCAGCGUUUGCAUCAAACGCCAUGUUCUUGUUCGGGCAGAUUGACAUGCAGAUAAAAUUGAUUCCCGGACAUUCUGCCGGCACCGUCGUCGCGUAUUAUUUGACAUCUGCUCAGCCUAACAGGGAUGAGCUCGAUUUUGAAUUCUUGGGCAAUGUGAGUGGGCAGCCCUACAUCCUUCAAACGAAUGUUUAUGCCGAUGGAUUUGGUAACAGGGAGGAGAGGAUGUACCUGUGGUUUGAUCCAACAGCAGAUUUUCAUACAUACUCUGUCCUCUGGAAUCUUCAUCAAAUUGUGUUUAUGGUGGACUGGGUGCCCAUCAGAGUGUAUAGAAACCAUGCAGACAAGGGCGUUCCCUACCCAAGGUGGCAGCCAAUGGGGCUCAAGGCCAGCCUAUGGAACGGCGACAGUUGGGCGACACGCGGCGGCCAAGACAAGGUGGACUGGACCAAGGGCCCCUUCAUUGCAUCCUUCAGGAACUAUAAGAUAGACGCCUGCGUUUGGAGAGGCAACCCAAGGUUUUGCAGGGGUGCAAGCACAAGUAAUUGGUGGAACAAGCCUGCGUAUAGGACGCUGACACCUAGGCAGAGUCGCUUGCUGAGGUGGGCAAGGAAAUACCAUCUCAUCUACGACUACUGUGCUGACAAACAAAGAUUCAAAAACAACAUGCCCAAAGAGUGCACCUUUCCAAAGUUCUAAUUCCUGUUUGUCAAAGGUUGCAAGUUGUCCGGAUUUGGUUUGAGGCGUUUAUAACUUUUAGUUUAAUGUAUCCAAUACCAUUUCCCUUUAUACGUAUAUAUAGU